AUGAAAUGGACAACGCUGCUUAAAGAAUUCAAGGAAAAAGUUGGUUUCUCACUGGCUCCGCCAGCUUCUUCAUCUCCAUCAGACAGCAACAACAAUGUCAACAGAGUCUCGCCUUCCAGCCAAGACUAUGAGUUGUUGCAUUCAUGGGCUGCUCAUGCUAUGAGGACAGCAAAAGAACUCACUGUAACAAAAGAAGACAAGAAUUUGAAUGAUGGUCAUGAGGCCAGUAGCUUCCAGAAAAUGUUCUCUAACUUCCCUCAGGAUCAGGUUCAGUUAGCGAUGACCUCUAGCAGUACAGGGAGCUUCUCUCAGGGUCAUCAUGUUUCUAGUUCUGAAGAUGUGCCUGCUUUCUCAAAUAUUGUAGCUGGUGAGAAAUCAGAGACGGUUAUCACCACAUUCCAGCAGCAAUUAGACAAAUCAGUAAAAGAAGAUGAAAAAUCUGGGAUGAUUAUUACUGGUGAAGCAGUUGACCAUGUGUCCAAUGCCACUUCUGGAAGUAAAAAAUUUACUUCCCAUGAUACAAGUAACACGCCCGAUCAAAUUCACCACGCUGAUUCACAGGGUUCUCCAUCUUUUGCUACAAUUGAAUCCCCUAUUUUAUCAGAAAGAUCUAAUUCCAGGAUCUCAUUCACCCCUUCCCCAGUUUUAGCAUUGACGUCUUGGGUGGGGGAUGCCAGUCACAAUGGUUCGAAAGGACAGUUAGCUUCAAAUUCGUCUUUGGAGUUUUCUACUUCUGUGAAUGAAAUUAAUUCCUCUUCUGACUUGAAGAUGUGUUCUCAGGAUCUAAACAUACUUUGUUCAAUUAGUCCUAAGCUUCUCCUUGAAGUGGAUGAUUCUGGUUAUGGAGGCGGUCCAUGUUCUGCUGCAGCUUCUGCUGUUUUAGAUUUUAUGGCAGUAGUUCCCUCUGAUCUUGUGACUGAGCAGAUAAAAGCUGCAAAAGCUGUAGAGACUAUUUUGGAAAGUGUACCUCUGUAUGUCGAUGCUGAAUCUGUUCUAAUUUUUCAGGGUUUAUGCCUUACUAGAUUGAUGAACUUUCUUGAAAGGCGUCUCUUGCGUGAUGAUGAGGAAAAUGAGAAAAGGUUAGAUAAGAGCCGCCGGUCCUUGAACUUCGAUGCUCUGAGCUGA